CUUCCCCAACGUUUAUGCUCCAGCGACAUCUAAUUUAAUUUGGGUGGAAAAAUAUCAACGCAUGAGCGGAGCGAUCAUGGCCAAAAUCGUAUAUAAAAACUGAAUGUGGUGAGGCUUGGUGGGUCAGUCUAACCUAGGAAUUCUAAGAUCACACAUUCCGAUGACGGCUCUUGGUACAAAUGAUACAAAGCCUGCAAGCUAUUCGUACCCAUUUGCUGAUCUGGCGGAUGAGCGGACGCGGGAUUGGCCGCUGGUGGAGUCCCCAUGGAAUGUGCCCCUACUGCUCGCUCUCUAUUUGCUGAUGGUGCGGUACGGACCAAAGUGGUCAACCAGGUACAAGCCGUUGCAGCUUCGAGUGCCAAUGUUCUUACACAGUUUAGCCAUGGUCUUCCUGAAUGCCCACAUCUGCAUAGAGCUCUUAACGGCUUCAAGGGCCCUCAACUAUAGCUUUAAGUGUCAGCCGUGUCGGGUGAGCUAUAAUCCAAAUGAAAUCCGGAUAGCUGCGGCCUUUUGGUGGUUCUAUAUUUCAAAAAUACUGGAAUUCGCAGACACUGCCUUCUUUAUCCUGCGCCAUAAGUGGACGCAGCUGAGCUUCCUGCAUGUGUACCAUCAUAGUACCAUGUUCGUAUUCUGCUGGAUAUUGAUCAAGUGGAUACCAACGGGUUCAAUUUAUGUGCCAACCAUCAUAAACUCCUUUGUGCACGUCAUAAUGUAUAGCUAUUAUGCGUUGAGUGUCCUGGGUCCUCGCGUCCAGAAGUUCCUGUGGUGGAAGCGCUACCUAACUGGCCUACAGUUGCUGCAGUUCACCAUCCUUCUGCUCUGGGCCUCACAGAUGGUUAUACAGAGCUGCGAAUUCGGAACCUGGAUAAGCUUAAUUGGUGCCGCCUACAUGGUGCCAUUCCUCUUUAUGUUCGGAAAAUUCUAUGUCCAAAAAUACAAAGUGUCAACAGUGGCCAAAAAAGCCACGUAAACGAAAUAAUUAUUCCUAGCACCAGAUGUCUUUCUUCGUCGAUUGUCAUGUGUGAAUUGUUACAUUUUUAUGU